UGUAGUAGGAAUAUUCCUACUUGCUGCUGCUAACCAAUACUCAAACAACAAUAAACAACUACUUCAAUCUCAACUGGCCUUCCAUCACUCCCUUUCUGCUCCACAUAUUUAAACCCUAAACAAUAUUCAUGUCCCUUUCACAUUCUCAAUAUUCUACUACAACCCCCUUAUUAGGAAGAUUCGAGCAACUUGCGUUCGCUAUUGUAUAUAAUCAUUGGUCCUAAUAAAGCCAAGGCACGAGUGACGGAAUCAUGUUUAUUUUGCAAGAAAAAAGAUGCACAACGCAACCUCAUUUAUCGUCUUUACCUUCUCUAGAUUGCCUCUGCUCUUAUUUUAAAACUCUGAUCCCCAUCACCACUACAGCUACAUUUUUGUUGCCACUCUUCACAUCUUCCUGUUGACUUUACCUGCAGCAUCACCGAUCAUCUAUCGCUGCGUCUGCUAUAACUCCAGCAACGACAUCACAUCCUCCUUGUUGUUGACGAUGAUUUCAUAAAAAUAGAGCAGCUCGUUCUGUAUACACUUUGGUUUCAUCUCCUACUUCUGUUUAUGGGCAGGGAAAGAUCAGCAACAGCCAUGGAGAGGAAUGAUGAGAAGCACGCAGUUAUAUCUCCAGGAAUGAAGGUAGCCAAAGAAGAAGACAUGAGAAAAUCCUUAUUCAGUGCAGCAAAAUCACCAACUGAAACUGGAAGACCAAGCAGCAUGGUUUUUAAGAAAGCUCAUAGAGUAAUACCAGCUCAUAUAGUUGCUGAGGCCAUAUCCACGCUGCACGGUCUGGACCUUAGGUGGUCAGGACCGAUAACUCCGACUGAAAUGCAAUACGUGGAACAGUACGUCGUGGCCAAGUACCCAGAGUACUCCAAUGCCCUCGUGGAAGGAGGAGAGAAAACCGAUCUGUAUGAUCUCUGUAUCACAGAAAAACUUGAAGAACCUCAGCCAGAUGACAAGCGGAAAUCACCAAGAGGAUUUUCCAGAGACACCUUUGGAAGCAGCCUCCCUGAUCUCGAGAAUACGCAACUGGAGCCAUCGAGAUUGCUCAGCAUCCUCACCAAAAAGUCCUCUUUCGUCGGGAGCUUCAUCUCGAUUCCUGAAAUUCAAGCUAGAAACAAGGUUUUGAAACACUGCGGAUUACCUGAUGAGGAGUAUCUUGUUCUCUUUACCCAGAACUACAAGGAUGCAAUGAUGUUGGUUGGAGAAAGCUACCCCUUUUUCAAGGGGAACUAUUACCUGACGAUUAUCGGGGAAGAUGCUGAUUAUGUGAAAGAAUUUGCAACCUACAAGGAAUCAAGAGUGAUUGCGGCACCAGAAUCUUGGUUGGAUUUGAGGAUUAAGGGUUCACAACUUAGUCAUUAUUUCAGGAGGAAAUGCAAGCACACUCCCAAAGGGCUGUUUUCCUACCCGGUUGAAGUAAAUGGAACGCGAUACUCCAUGCAUUGGAUUUCAGAAGCUCAUCGCAACUCAUGGCAUGUUCUGCUUGACACUACAGCACUGGCUGUGGGAGAAGAUCAGCUGAAUCUUGCACUCUAUAGGCCAGAUUUUGUGCUAUGCAGUCCUGAUAAUACACAUGCAAAUUCUUCAACGGUUACCUGCCUCUUGGUAAGAAAAAAAUCCUUUGACAUGUCAACCUCCUCUGCAGCAGUGAAUGAGUGAAGCUAUUCUGUAUAUACCUGUAAGAACAUUAAAGUUUAGCUCAAGUGUCAAGUAGACAUUUUCAUGAUGUAUUCCUCUUGAAUGCUCAAAGCAACAUUCUUUCUUCUUUUUUCAGAGGCAACUCAAAUCAACAUUCUCACUUUACGCAUAAGGUUACAUAAGAUUUUUAGCUGUUAAAAAACAAGCAUACAUAGAUAGCAUUCUUUUAUCAGAAGAAUUUCGUCUAGAUAUCUUAAUUUCCAUACUAAUAUUAUUGAAUACUAUGAAAUUUGAAGCGA